AAAUUAUGGAUUCUCAAGAAAUUACAUACUCUCAAGAAAUCAUAGAUUCUGAGGAUAUUACGGAUCCUGAAGAUAUUAUGGAUUCUAAUAUUUUAGAUUUAAAUGAGGAUUUUAUAACACCAUUUAAGAAUUUUGGUAUACAUUGGAUGGGUUUUUUGUAUUCAAAAGAAUUUAAAAAUGAUAAAGCCCGGCGAUAUAAUGCAAAGUGUACAUAUUGUGAUCACAUAUUUGAAGCAUGUAAAGAAGCAAUGACAAACCAUAUAGUUAAUAUCUGCCAUAAAAUUUCUGCUGAAAAAAGAAUAUUUUAUUCACAAAUAAUUAAAAACAAACUUGAACAAGUUACUGAAAUUUCUACUCACAAAGUAGUCUUAAUGACAGAUUAUUUUGAUAAAUCUACUAUACCACCAGAAAAAGCUACUGAAUUACAUACUUUGUUAUUACGAGCAUUAUUAUAUGGCAAUAUUCCAUUUAGUUUUAUUGAAAAUCCAUUUUUUAUUUUAUUUUUAAACAACUUACGUUCAAGCUAUAAUCCACCAUCAAGAUACGCAUUGUCAAAUAGCAUAAUUCAAAGUGAAUAUGCACGAAUAUUAGUAGAAAUG